GGAUCAGCCGUCCAUGGCCUCGGUGGGGGUACAAAUCUCGGCUUUUGUGGUUGCACUCAUGGGUGUGUGCGCGGCCAUUGCUGCUACUUUGCUGCCAAACUGGAAGGUCAAUACAGAUACUGGGGGAAACAUUAUUACUGCCGUCAUUCAAAUGCAGGGUCUAUGGAUGGACUGCACAUGGUACAGCACUGGCAUGUUUAGCUGCACUGUGAAAUACUCUAUUCUUUCCCUCCCCUUUUACAUCCAGACUGUGAGGACUGCUAUGGUUUUAUCCUGUAUAUUGUCCACUUUGGGGAUUUGCAUCUCCAUGGCCGGAAUGAAAUGUACCAAGCUAGGAGGUGACAGACACACCAAAAACAAUAUAGCCUUUGCUGGUGGAACCUGCUUUUUGCUUGCUGGAACCUUUGGGAUGAUCUCGGUGAGUUGGUACAUGAAAGAAAUAAUCUCCAGUUUCCUGGAUCCAUCCAUUCCAGAGAGUGGAAAACAUGAACCUGGAGGAGCAGUAUAUGUAGGCUUUAUCUCUGCUGGGUUGCACUUUCUAGCAGGUACGGUAUUUUGUGCGUCCUGCUCUAGAAGGCAGAGGGACAGAAUGGAAUCACGCCCAAAAGAACCCAAGCCGGCCGCUGAGCAGUCACAAAACAACAACGCAGGCUACAACCUCCAGGACUAUGUGUAA